AUGGAGGCCACAGGAGAUCAGCUGGAGCGAUUGAACACGGAAUUGGACGAGGCGCUGGUGUCUUACUUCGAUCUGUUCACGGAGUACCAGACUCUCCAUGCCGAUCUUGGAAAUCGUCUCAAAAACGGCUGGUGGGAGCUCGGGCGAUCACGCUACGCGAUGGGGGCUGGUGUGAACACGCUCUCGCAGCGGCAGUAUCCUGCCAGCAUGACCGCCACCGCCCACUAUCACGAAGCCGACCAGCACAGCGCAGAGGAAACAUCUCCGCCCGCGAAAGACGCUGGCGCGCAGCUGCACAAGCGUACCAAGGGCGCGGGUGAGAAGGAGCAGAGCAAGAAGAACAAGGAGCAGCAGCCACAACAGGAAGGCGAUGGCAACGCGAAGGGCGAAGGUGCCGACACAACCGAGGCCACCAAGAGCGACAACGGCAGAGAGCGGUGGAAGGACCCCGUGAACUGGUUCGGGCUGCUGCCGCCUCCUUCCCUGCGAGUCGCCCAGUCCGAGUUCAAGUCUGCGGUGGAGGUGGUGUGCUCUCUGACGACGGUCAAGCGCAAGCUCCAGGCCAAGCAAGAGGCGUACACGGCCCUCCUGGAGAAGAAACAGCAGUUGACUGCACAGUCGUAG